AUGGCGAAGACGAAGUCUUCGGCAAAGGCUGCCAGAGCCAGUGCGCCCAGUGUGAGCCAGCUGUCUGAUUUGGCCAGACACUUCCGUCAGCAGAAGGAUACUGCAGCCACUGAGGAACCUGCUGCUCCUAUGGAAACCUCUGAGGAACCUGUGGACACCAAGGAACCUUCUACCUCCAUGCCCUCUACUUCCAAGGAUUCCAAGGAACCUUCAAAGGAUGUCCCGGAACGUCGUGCCCGCCAAAAGACCAAGCCAGCUGAGACCAAGAAGGCGAAGAGCAAGGGGAAGCCAGCCGAACCACCCACGGAUCCCGAGGAUCUCCAGAUCUAUGCCGAGGAUUUGGUCUCCCUUAAGGACUUUGACCGGAGCGAGUUGAACUUCGAGCUUUGCUGGGGCAACUUCGCCAAGCUCAAAGCCUUUUACGCCUUGGAUGACCGUGAGACCUGCACCUUUUUGCUGGGUAUGUGUGGAGCAACCUCGGAGGGGAAGAAGUACUGGGAGAAGUUCGAUGUACCUUUGCACCUUUUUGAUGAAGAUGGCACUUUUAACUCUGCUAACCUCCUGCGUCCUGUGGAGGUGACAAGGGGACCCAAGACUUCUGAUGUCAAGGUAGAAGGGCCUAAAGAGAAGAAUGUUCGCAGUGAAGUUUCACAAGGCCCACCGCAGAAAGUGAGGAAGGUGGCUGCAGCCGCCCCUGUGGCCCCUACCGAUGUUUCAAUGUCAGAUUCUGAGAGCUCUGAAGAGGAGGAUUUGCUUUCAUCGAGUGGAUCCCACCCACCACCACCACCGCCCCAGAUUCCACCAACUGUGGCACGUCCCGAAGACCUCGAUGUGGAUUGCGAAGACAGCCCUUUGGACCCACCUGGCCUACCAGAACCUGUGAAGAUCCCGACCAACCAUGAAGUGCUGGACGCAAAGCAUGCGUUGAAGGAGGGCAUGAAGAAUGUCCCGCAGUUGCUUCGGGGAAGUCUUCGGCUGCCAAAACGCCUUCUCGGCUCCAGUUCCUCGAAGUGUUUGUCGAAGUCUUGCGAGACUUUGGUUCUGGGUGCCCAGGAGUUGACAAAGCAAGCCUCUGCAGUCAAGCCCACAGCAGCCCCGGAGGACACUUUGUCGGAGUUGGGCCCUUCAGCUUCCCAUUUGGAGGCGGAUCGAUCGGACCAGAUCAACCGAGACCACCUUCUUGCUGCUUUGACGGCCUUGCAGAAUGGAUUUACUGACCCCGAUCUUCGUGCCAUUUUCCGAAGUUUGGCUGACCAGUUUUGUUCAAAACCUGCUUCUGGUUCCGCUGAGUUGGAAGCGGCUCGGAAAGGUCAACCUGCAUCUUCGAAGCCCCAUGUGCAGCCAGAGCAGGCACAGAACAAACCAGAGAAGCCACAGGUUGCCAAGCCAAAGGAGGCAAAGGACGGUGACAAGGUUGUGGAGCCAGCCAAGGGGGAGGAUGAGGUGAAGAAAGCCGACGGACCCCAUGAAACCACUGCCGACGAAGAGAGCGACGUUGAAAGUGUGAGAGCUGAGACGGCACCCCCGGUGGUGAUCAUCAACAGCUCGACGCACCGCAAAGAGCACGCACGUUUGGCACGCCGCAUGGCUGCUGCAGAUGCUGCUGCAGCCUGCCCGGAGAUGUACAGGCUCUGGUCUGGAUCGAGAAAGGAGAAGUCUGAUCUCUUGAAGCAAUGGAUUGAGUCGGGCGAGAACUUGAACGCCUGUGAAACUCAGCUUGUCUUGACCAAGAGCCAAGAGACGGAGGUGGCUAAGGAAAAGGAACUCCUGACCAUCAAGGAUAUGGUGGAUCGUGGAUUCAGCCAGAAGAAGAUCGACAGUAUCAUCUCGAAGAACCAGCCGGUCUACGACGAAGAUUGUCCUGACUGCCCAGAAAGUGUGAGAUUUUGGUGCUUUACGGCCGGUCGGUGCACUGACAGGGAAAAAGUGGCGGUCACUGGCCAGGCAUCCAUCAAUGUGAGGUCCAAUGCCGAGACAGUUGGAUCAUUGGUGGAUGCAUCCUCUUUGCCAUCAAGUUCUGCGUGUGGAUCUGCAGCUCCAUCUGGUGGGCUGUCAUUGUCGUCGCUGGUGACAGUCAUGAAAGAUUGCCAGGAGGGUGACAAGAACGGCAACCGGGACAAGAAGGAGGCAACGAAGGAAAAGUCGAAGAAGGAGAAAAAGGAGAAGAAAGCGAAGAAGGAAGAUCCCCAGACCACGAAGGAAAAGAAAGAGUCAGCCCGUAAAGACAUCAAGAAGGAGCUGAACGCGUGCUCUGUCAUCUUUGAUUUGCCUGCUGACAAUGCUCUCCGUCAGCAGGUUGCCCAGAUGAAAACCACUUUGGAGGAUUUUGUGGACAAGAUCAAUUCCUGCACUGAUGAGACCAUCGAUGCUGUCAUUGAGGACGCUUCGAGCGAGGUGGAUGCUUGCAAACUUUUGCGAGCCCAGGCACGCGCUGUUGCGGCUGAGCUUCGGAAGACCAAGGAGGCCUCUACUUUGCUGUCAGAAGGAUAUUUGAAGGCCUUGGUGGACGAUGUGGCCAAAUUGCCAGACUAUUGGCAACACUUCUUGGAGGAUUACCCAGGACAUAUGGUUCGUUUGCGGGACCCACACCUGAACAGAAGCGAUGAAAUAGAUGCGUUGGGAGACAACUACAUGUUCCUGCUGUGGUCAUCUGAUUCUUCACCAUUUUUGACGAAUUCAGUGGCUAGUAGGUUUCCAAUAGCUGUCGUACCUGCUUCACGAUAUGCUAUGUCAGAAUCUGGGGUGAACAUCACUUUGGAAGCUAUCACUCGAUGCAUUGUCUCUUCUUUCAACACUCUCUCAAGAUCUGGCUUGAAGAUUCGCAAUUUGGAGUGCCAACGAACCCAACCAGUGGCUCUUCUUCGAUUCUUCGUUGCUGGAUUUAGAGGAGAUUGGAAGGCUCUGGCGCAGGUGUUUUCCUUCAAUCGGUCUUACAACAGGAACCAGAUAUGUUGGUUGUGCCGGGCCACAAAAGGCGCUCAUGACGAUAUGGACCUAUGCUUCACGAACGCUUCUGAAAAUGCUCCGUUUUGGGCUACAUAUUUGGAUUCAAACCCUUGGGAAGAGGACCCUCCCUAUAGUCAACUCGAUGGCUUCCAUGUUGGCAUGAUCAUGCCAGAUUUACUGCAUGUCCUGAAUCUAGGAGUGGGAAGAGAUCUGUGCGGGGCCAUUCUGAAAACAUUGGUCAAGGAAAACCAUGUCUUUGAUGGAGCUACCAUUGACGAAAAAUUAGCUACAGCAACAGUCAGUCUCCGGAACUUCGCACGGGCUCAUGCAUUGCCACUUCGGAUGAAAAAACUUUCCAAGAAGAAACUCAACUGGGGCAGCAAUCGUUAUGCUGAACUGAGAUCAGGAUCUGGGUAUGAUGUGAGUGUUGUUGCAAGGUGGCUUCAAGAUGUUCUGGCAGGUCACGACAAUAUCUACCCAGAAUUUUGCACCCUACUUUGGGCCCUCAACAGUAGCAUGGAAAUUAUGUAUUCAGGGUCGUGGUACCUUACAGAGCAGGAUCGCUCAAGGAUUCGAACUCUUGGUUCAGUGUUCAUGAGAGUUUAUCUCAGACUGGCGAACGACGCUCUCAGUCAAAACAAAUUUCUUUGGAAAUGUCGGCCCAAGCUGCACUUACUACACCACAUCUUUCGGUGCCACCGGAAGGUGAACCCAUCGAAGUACAGUACGUGGAUGGAUGAGGAUUGGUUACGGAAGAUUAGCAAAACAUUGCGUUUGGUGGAUUGUACUACUGCACCACAAAGGGUUCUCCAAAGAUGGUUAUUAACCCUGCCGUUGCAGCUUCAACGAAGCAUGGAAACCCAGUGA